AUGGCUUUGGAGCCAGGUGGUAUUUAUGAGCUGAAUGAGCAUGGAUUAGUUUAUGUGUGCCUUGAGAUAGAAAAGGCUGAAAAUUGCUGGUGUAGGGUGAUGCAAGUGGCAUCGUUCCUGGAAGCUUUACAAAGGAUCAUUUCAACUCUGGCAAAUAAAAAUGAUGAAAUUCAGAACUUUAUUGAUACACUAAAUCAAACACUAAAAGGAGUUCAGGAAAAUUCUUCUAACAUACUUUCAGAGCUAGAUGAAGAAUUUGAUAGUUUAUACUCUAUAUUGGAUGAAGUGAAAGAAAGUAUGAUUAAUAGUAUCAAGCAGGAACAAGCUCGUAAAUCACAAGAGUUACAGAGUCAGCUUAGUCAAUGUAAUAAUGCCCUGGAGAACUCUGAAGAACUGCUAGAAUUUGCAACACGGUCAUUAGAUAUAAAGGAGGCUGAAGAAUUUUCAAAGGCUGCCAGACAGAUCAAGGAUAGAGUAACAAUGGCUUCAGCCUUUCGCCUUUCUUUGAAACCAAAGGUCAGUGACAACAUGACUCAUUUAAUGGUGGAUUUUUCUCAGGAAAGACAGAUGUUGCAGACUUUGAAGUUUUUGCCAGUCCCCAAAGCUCCAGAGAUAGAUCCAGUAGAGUGUUUGGUGGCUGACAAUGCUGUAACAGUAGCUUGGAGAAUGCCAGAAGAAGAUAAUAAGAUUGAUCAUUUUAUACUGGAAUAUAGGAAAACUAAUUUUGAUGGACUUCCACGUGUAAAGGAUGAGCGAUGCUGGGACAUAAUUGAUAAUAUUAAGGGUACCGAAUAUACACUGUCAGGUUUAAGGUUUGAUUCAAAGUAUAUGAAUUUCAGAGUACGAGCUUGUAACAAAGCUGUGGCUGGAGAGUGUUCUGACCCAGUGACUCUGGAGACCAAAGCACUUAAUUUCAGUUUGGAUAGCUCAUCAUCCCAUUUGAACCUGAAAGUUGAAGAUACCUGUGUAGAGUGGGAUCCUACAGGAGGAAAAGGCCAAGAAAAUAAAGUUAAAGGAAAAGAGAACAAGGGCAGUGCCCAUGUUACUUCACUGAAGAAACAUACAAGAAGUGGGACACCAUCCCCCAAACGGACAUCUGUAGGCUCCAGGCCACCUGCAGUAAGAGGCAGCAGAGAUCGUUUUACUGGGGAAUCAUACACAGUGCUGGGAGACACUGCUAUUGAAAGCGGACAACAUUAUUGGGAGGUCAAGGCCCAGAAGGAUUGUAAAUCCUAUAGUGUGGGAGUAGCAUACAAGACUUUGGGGAAAUUUGACCAAUUAGGAAAAACAAACACUAGUUGGUGUAUUCAUGUCAACAACUGGCUACAAAACACAUUUGCAGCAAAGCAUAAUAACAAAGUCAAAGCCUUGGAUGUUACUGUUCCUGAGAGAAUAGGUGUAUUCUGUGAUUUUGAUGGGGGUCAACUUUCUUUCUAUGAUGCAAACUCAAAACAGUUGUUGUAUUCCUUUAAGACAAAAUUUACUCAGCCAGUACUACCUGGUUUCAUGGUUUGGUGUGGUGGACUUUCUUUGAGUACUGGGAUGCAGGUUCCAAGUGCUGUGAGAACACUUCAGAAAAGUGAAAAUGGCAUGACUGGUUCAGCUAGCAGCCUAAACAUUGUUACUCAGUAAUGCCUACUCAGAAUGCUUCACCCCUCCUUCUGCUUGGGUGGUCUAAUCAUAGAAACUUAUGAGUGGUGGAAAUGAGGUUUGCUGCGUUCUGCUUUAAGGCCUGGAAUCUGUUAGCAUUAAGCAUCCAGUACCACGUAUUCAAAGGAACCUACUGUGCAAUGUCAUAGAAGCAAGCAGAGAUUGAGCAAGAAACUGAUAUUUUGAAGAGCAAAUGGAGAAAAAGGCAGUAUUUAAAUAGUUACUUGAAUAGAAACUCAUCUUUGUGUUUCUUGGAUUACCUUGGCUCUUCUAAUAUAUUUAGUUACAUAUGGUAGCCCUAGGGCCUGAAGAAAAAGCAUUUAAAUCUUGCCUUCUUUUGUCUUUAUUUUUUUCUCUUAUCACUGCAAAUCAUUUAGUUCUUACACUGAAGGUUUUAAAAAUAUACAGUCCUCUGAGGUUCCCAAAAAAAUAAAAUUGGUUGGGGAUUCUAGACAGGUUUUCUUACAAUGAUUUGUUUUCCCCCUGUUAUAAAUAAGUUGAGUUUUGCCAAAUUAUCCUCUUUUGUUUUAUUGACUAAAAUAUAUAUAAUUUUGUUUUCUAAAUGUCAUGGUAUUUUUCUUGUGGUUAUAACUCAGACUAAAGAGUGGGUAGAAAGAGUUUCUAGACAUAAUAGCUUAAAAUCACCCAAAUUUCAGUGUUUUACCUGCUGCACUAACAAUAGCAAAGGAUAUUCUUUAUAUGUUGCCCUAUUUAAUUAGACUGCUUUUCAUUCCAUCGUUUUGGAUGAUGGGUACGAUUUUUAAAAGCUUUAUAUUUUCUGAUUUUGCUAUCUAGUUUAACACUAUCUUUAGUAGUUAUCUUUGGUAAAAUUCCCACUUGGAUUUGGUAAUAACUGAUAAUACUUAUACUGAUUUUUAACAUUUUUAGUAGGAAGAAUGUUUAUUAAAGUUAUAUAGAAGGUGGAAAACCUACACUACUCAAAUUUUACCUAAGAAAGAUAGGCUCUAAAGGGAGGUGCCUAAAACUAUUCUUUACUAGUCAUUUAUAUAUGCUUUUGAUAAGAUAUGGAAUGGUUUAUUUUGGGGGAAAAAUCUAUCUCUGACUUAUUUGCCAUAUAAGUUUUUCAGUCAUUACUUAGAAAAAAAAUCAACAUAGAAUAAUCUUCCCCAAAGUUAGGAAAAAUGUGUUAACAACUAGUAAAACCCAUGGUUAUUGAGAACAUAUCUGUUUUUUAAAAGUAGAUUAAAAUUUAUAACACAAAUCCUUUGAGCCAAACUGAAAGUUGUAAUUACAGUAGUAUUUAAGAAUUUCUUGAGUGUUUUAAAGAGAUCUGAAUUGGUAUGUUCCUUAAUGUUUGGAACAUUUUAACAUUCAUUCUCAUUUUAAGUAUGUUGUACUAUGACAACCUUCUUCCAAGAAGUGACCGACGCUGCUUACAUUACAGUUGCUAUCCACAGAAAGGCCUGCGGAAUAGGAAUAGCUCAUUCUUUCUUAAAUUUUAUGGACAGAGGUCAUUCAUAUUUGCACCAUUGUCUGAUCAUAUAUUUAAAAGUAUAAAGACUAUGAGGGAGUUUCGAGAAUGAAAUAUAUUAAUAGAUAUUCUUUUGAUUCUUCAAACAAAUAUAAUUUUGGUUUUUGUUUCUCCAAGAUUUCGAUAGAAAUUUUUGGAUGUUCUCUUUCCUAUAGCAGGUUAUCCAGGACCUGAGGAAACAGGAAGUUAUAAUUAUCUUCCACAGAGUCAAACCUGAAAGCAGUAAUUUAGUGGUGGAGCUGCUUUUUGUGAACUGUUAUACAUGUAUAUUUUAGCAAAAAUGACACAGAAAAAGCCAGAAAUUCUUGUAUAAAAUUGUUUGCUAUUAUGUCUUAUAUAAAUGUGUCUUCUCUUUAAUUCAGUGCCUUCUUCCUCUAAGGAUGCUCUUUUUUACUCCAUGUCCCAUAUCCCAUUCAGUAUCAACUGAUAUUGAAGCCAGAGGCCAUUAUGUUAAACUGGUGAGGGCUUCUAUUGCAGGGGCAUGGGGAAAGGAGAUACUAAUCAGGGGCUGCUGGAGUGCAUAUGAUUCUUUCCUGUACUCAUGCUAUCAUUUGAAACCCGUCAUAGAAAAUUCUCUAAUUCUCAAUUGGAAAAUUCACUUGAAGUAAUACUAUUAUUCAAAAUAAGAAUCUGAGGUUUACUUACCUCUUACUGUGCUUCUUAAAGGUCUCUAAAAGAAAAGAGCAAAAUGUGUGGGGUUUUGGUUUAGUUGUUUAUAAGUUUAUUUGUGUUAAACUGGAGAAAAUUUGCCAUCUUCAUUUUCACACUGGAGUAAAAUGAACUAUAGUGCCUAAUUAAAUAGUCUCAAAUUAAUGUAACUAUUUCAACUUAAAUAUAUAUAUAUAUAUACAUAUAUAUAUAUGUUAUUGACAUUUAAAUUAAAAAUAUUGAGCUCUUUUGCUCAAUUUAAUACAUUGUGUUUAGUUGGUAUACCCUUUCAAACAUUCUUUAUUGGUUUAUUUACUCUUUGUUUUGACAGGUCAAACAUGAUUGCUUUCUGUAAAAGAAAUGCAUGAGAGGUUGACAGUAAUGGAUGUAUCACAGGUCUAAAACAAUUGUGUUUUAUAAAAACAUGCUUUUAGUAUUAUAUUUCUCUUUUAGCAGUUGAAUCCCAAACCAGUUUUAGUAAAUUGGAUAAAGAAAUGAAGGAAUUGCCUUAAGCACUUUAGAAAUCUUUUAUAAUUCAUUUUGAUGCUUUGGGCUGACCAUGUAACAUACAUCUUUAAUUUUUGGUAAAUAUGUAUAUACCAAACAUUUAAUAACUGCACAUAGAAAUUUAAUAUACAGUGAUUCUUUGAAUGUUCCCAGUGUAGGUAAACAAAUGGAAAAUAUUAGAGGCAUGCCUGUCUGUACAUGGGUUUAAUUGAUGGCAUGUGUACCCUUAUGACAAACAGUGAACUGCUGCUGUACAGCUAAACUUGGCCUACUUUGUUCUAUAAACAGUUUUUCCCGUGUUAUCAUCAAAAGAAACAUAUUGGCUUAGUUUUAUUGACUCAUUUAUGAAAUUAAAACAUGAACAAUAUCAUGUAUCAUUUGAAUUUUUGUGACUGAUCCUUACUGGUGUGAAUAAUAAAAGCAAAUAAUUUGUCAUGAAAUCUUUUAAUUAGGCCACGAUACUCUAUUUCAUGACUUACCUGGAAUGAUUUUUUUCCUAUAUACUUUUUCCAUAAAGUUAUCAUUAUUUAUAUUGUUUGUUUCUUUCGGAAACAUAGGUUAACAAUUGGAAAAGGAUAUUAUGAAAAGUGAUUACUUCAAAGAGUAUUCAUUUCAGAAGAGGGAAGUGUAGACUUCUUACUAUAAAUUAUGUGGUUCCAGACUGAAAAAUCUAAGAACUAUAUUUUCAAAUCAUAACAAUUCUUUUUCAGAAAGCUUGUAUUUGUUAGAUCAGUGUUCAUUCUUUGGCUGAGUAAUACCACAGUUAUUUUAAGUCUGUGAUGUGGCAGUCAUACUUUGUAUUCAGAUUUCCAAAAUGAAUGAAGUUUGAUUUACUGUGCAUAUAGUUUUGCUGCUUUUGGGUAGUGUAAUGACAAAGUUUGCAUCUUAAAAAUCAGAAAUUUUAAAAGGUAAAUGUGUUAUAGUUUGUUAAAAAAUUCAAAUUUUGAUAAGCACAUUACACAUAAUAUGUUCAUUUUUAUGUAAUCACAUAAAAUAGAUCUGUAAAAGUUUCUCCCUUGAUUUUAUCUUUACACUGGAUAUAUUCUUUUAGGGAAGUGAAUGGUCAGCAUAAGUUUACUCAACAUCCAAGUAACCAUAAAGUAAUUUGUUAUUUUUAAACAAAAUGUACAUUUCAUAAUGCCACUGCUAGAGCAUUAUGAGAUCGUGAAUGUUUCUUUAAUCAUCACAGAAAGCAUACCUCAUGUUCAGUGUAAUUUUAGUUGUUUGUAUCUUACAGUAUUCACAUUAUGCCAAUAUCUGUGAUCCUGAUAUGUCACCUGUGAUAGCUUUGUUACUUGGAAUAUUUGAUUAAUGCAAAUACUUUAUUUUUUUUUGAGUAAUUUGGAGUUAAACAGGUUACAUUUAUUAUGUUUUGUUUUUGUUGAAAAGAUAGUGUUGGGCAUACCAUAUAAAGGUUAGUAUUGGCUUAUAAAUACCAGAGAUUGCCAUAGUACUUUCUCCUCAGACUACUCAAUUAAAUUAAAACAGUAUUUACUAUUUCUGGGUCAGUAUAAGGUAAUAACUUUUGAUUUAUAACCAUUUGAGCUAUGUUAGUUUAAACUACAUAUUUUCUUAAUGGCACCCAUUCAGUAAAAGCUGGUCCUUUGGAAUAGACAUACAUAAGAUUUCACAGUAUGUAGGGCAGAAGGUAGGUGAAUGUGUUGUUCACUUUGGCUUGGAGCUUAAGUUUAGACCUUUUUUUUUUUAAGUCAAAAUGUAAGUAAUUGGUAAAAGGCAUUUCUAUUCAUAUUGGAACUUUUUGGAGAGCCUAAGGGCUAUGAGAAUAAUGUGUUUUGUUUUUGUUUUUUUGUUUAACCUUCCCAAUAUCUCUUAGGUACCAAAGCACUGAGUCUAGUUUACCUUUUAAGGGAGACUCUUUAAAAUCAAAUUGAUACCUAACUCAUACUAUAGAUAAAUAAUAGCUAAAGUUUUAAAGUAAUUUAUAUUAAAAACCACUAGUCUUUAAAAUUUCUCAAUAUAAAAACAUUUGGCUUCAUUUUUUAAAAAGUAUUUAAAAUUAAUCACCUUAGCUCUACCAUACACUAGAUCUAUAUCCUCUAUAUAAAUCAUUUCUCAUCUUUGGGCAUCCAUUGCCUCACAUCUUACUCAGCCUACCUCACAGGGCUGUUGUGAGGAACAAAAUGAAAUGGAGUAUAUGAAAUUGCUUCAACAACAGUAAAAUGCUACAUAAAUGUAAGGGAUUAUUUUCAGUUAAUAAUGGAUUUAAAUGUUUGGAUAUUUCUAGAUGCCAUUUACUUUGAUAAAGCAUGUACUUAAAGUGGUAUCACUAGGACUUUAAACAUGAUUUAAAAAAACAAACAAAACCCUGACUACAGUGCCCUUUAACAUUCUUUCGUUUGCAUGAUGUGGCUUUUUUGUAUUUUCUCAUUAGGCCUGUACUCUGUAUCAACUUUCUAUAACUGUAAAAUGUCUCCCACAGCAUUAGUGUGUGUUGCUGUAGAAUAGUAGCAUAAAUAAAUGAUCUAAGCUAUGCUUCCAUCCAGGCAUUUGCACUUUCAGUUUAUGACUCUUCAGUGCCACGUAUGCAAAGACUGAAUUUGGCCUAAAUAAUUAUUUCCAAGCAACCAAAUGGUUAAAGUUUGUUGUCAUUGGAUAAGUGAUUUAAGGUGUAUGUGCCCAUUUAACAUUAGACUUUUGUUGCAUUGUCAUUAAAAAAAAAAAACCAAACAUGAACCUGGAUAUCAUUUAGUGUCUCUCCUAAGAAAAACUGUUUUGCUUUAAAUUGGAUUUAUUAAAUGGUUUACAUGUUAUCUUUAUUUAUAGAUUAUUUGGUAUGUUAUCAUCUGGACAUGGUUUUGCUAUGCAGUUCUGAUAAUCAAAAUCCUAAUUCCUCAGGUUAAAAUUUUAAGUUGUGGAUGAAAAACAUGAACUACUUAUAAUACACUCAGUGCUGCAAACUAGUGUUUUAAAACACAUAUUGCCUCAUUUUCCUUGGAAACAAGACAAAGCCUUUUAAAUGAUUUUUAACUUUAAAAUAGUGUCUUCAAAGUGGAGUAAUUUGUACGUUGAAAUGAUUGUGUGCUCUGUGUAGAAUGACCAAGUUAAAUUCUUACAAAAGCACCUGGAAUAUCUCAUCUAAAAAUUAAACUACUUUUUCUGCUUUC